AUAAUAAUAUACAAAAAUAGAUGGAUACAUACAUAAAUACACGUCUCUUUUAAUAUAAAAUAUUGGUAGGCAUACAAAUCAAAACAGUUUUGAAAAAUUAGUACAACUUAACGGUUUUCAUCAGAAUGAAGUUUUUACUUGUUGGUAUUUUAUUUGGCUUUUUAGCAUUAACUGCUGCUGAACCUUUCUUCGUACCAGGACAAAAUCGAAGAUGUCCUGACUUUUGUACAGAAUUAUAUAAUCCAGUUUGUGCCUGGAAUGUGAGAUGCACAGCAUUGUUUGGUAAUCCAUGCAAACUUGAUGACUGGAAUUGUAGAACAGCUAGAAGAGAAGAAAUAUUUAUUGCUGCCGAUAAUUCAAAGUGCGCACAUUUGAAUCGCUACAAUAAUAUUCAAUGUCGUCCCGUUUAAUAGAGAGAAUAUUAUGAAGCAACUUUGAGUAAUUAAAUUUAAAACUGAAAUUUUCUGUUGUAAAAAAUAUGUACAUAUAAUAUUGUUAGUGAUUUUUUUAAGUGAAUAAAACGUUUUUGUUUAAAGUA